AAGUACCUGGACGGGGAAGUGAAUGUCUUGACAGCAGAAGAGGCGAAGGCAUGCUCGAAGAUAGCCGCGAAUUACGAAGUGGACGAGAACGGGCUACUCUUCUUUUGCCCCAAGACGCUGCAACGAGGCGAAGACCGCGACGCCUGCAGCAGUCUUGAAGGAGGCCAUCAAGGCAUCGGAAGGACGUACCGGAUAAUCCAAGCGAACUUUCACUGGCGCGGGCUGUAUCGCAGUGUACAACGUUACGUGGGGGAAUGCACCGAUUGCGAAACCGGGAAGGGGAAGCCAACGGGCCAGGGAGAAUCACCAGGAAAUAUCCAGGGUACGUAUCCCUUCCAGGUGAUCUCCAUGGACCACAUUCCAUCGUUGCCAAAGUCGUUCAAAGGAAACACCGAACUGCUGAUUUGGGCCGACUUGUUCACCGGUUACCCUGGUCCGUCGAGAGAGGCGCAGGCAGUGGCUGAGAAUUACGAGGAAUGCGUCUUCCGUCGGUUCGGCGCAAGCGAAGUCAUCAGACAUGACAGGGAGCCUGGUUUUAUGUCGGACUUCUUCCGCGGCUUCAACCUGAUCGUGAAAAUGAGGCAGAGCGCGACAAUGGCUUACCCUCCACAAGGGAACGGCAAGGCCGAGCGAACAGUGCAAACUCUGACACGAUCCCUGAAGAUGUACGUCGCAGACGUCAACCAACAAGACUGGGACGACUAUGCAGAGCGGCUGACAUUUGCGCUGAACACGGCACACGAUCGAGUGAGAGGAGAAACGUCAUUCUUCUUAGUCCAUGGGUGGGACCCGCGGUCGACACUGGAAGCGGUGGUUUCAGUGGGAUCGACGCGCCGUCGCGAUUGCGAUGCACGGAGAUGGAGGUACCACAUACAGGGCCAAUACCGCAGAGCGAGGGAAGCAGUCAAACGAGAGCCUACGUGA